AUGAUGGAAUACUACACGCUUAUAGGGGAAGGACGUCGAUUUUGGAAAACCGGUCGCCAGGUUAGCUGGGCUAUUACUCUUACUUGUGACAUUGGCUUCGUCUUGUUUGGUAUUAAGCAAGGUAUUAUUGGAAAUUUGAUUGAUGGUGAGGAUUUUUUAAACACGUUUGGACAUCCUACUGGUAGUUACUUGGGUAUUAUUGUGUCUAUAUUUACCCUGGGCUGUUUCUUUGGAUGUGUCAUUAAUUAUUUUACUGGUGAUAUCUUUGGUCGUCGCUUGACAAUUGUUAUUUCUAUGAUUUUGGCCAUCAUUGGAGUUGUUUUACAAUUCACUGCAUUCUCUGUUCCUCAUUUUAUGAUUGGCAGAUUCAUUGCCGGCUUGUCAACUGGGCUUGUUACCUCAGUUAUACCAAUGAUGCAAGCAGAGCAUGCUAGACCUGAAAUUCGUGGUAAUUUGGUUUGCAGUGAAGCUUUAUUUGUUGGUGUUGGUUUAGUGUAUGCGUACUGGCUUACAUAUGGGUUGUCAUUUGCUGGUGGUGCCAUAGCUUGGAGAUUUCCAAUCGCUACACAAGUUAUUUUUGCAGUGGUAAUUUUGGUCAUGACUUUGACAAUUCCAGAGUCCCCAAGAUAUCUCUAUAUGAAAGGUGCUAAAGAAAAAGCCAAAAUUAAUUUAGCAUACGUCUUUGGUAGAAAGGAAAAUCAUCCUGAAAUUGAAUCAUUAUAUCAAGAUAUUGAAGAAAGUUUAAUGCUGGAAAUGAAAGAAGGACAAUUUACUUGGAAAAGAUUAUUUAAAAAAGAUACUGCAAGAACCCGUCAAAGAGUUAUACUUGCAUAUAUGACUAUGUUUGCUCAACAAGUUGGGGGUAUUAAUUUGGUUAAUUAUUAUAUCACCACAGUUUUAAUAAACAAUGUUGGUCUCGCUAGAAAUUUAGCAAUGAUUUUGGCUGGUGUUUCAUCUAUUUGCUUCACACUAGGUUCAUUAGUGCCUUCGCUUUAUGGUGACAAGUUGGGCAGAAGAAUACCAAUGACAUUGGGACAUGCAAGUGGAGGGUUCUCGAUGAUGAUGAUUUCAAUUAUGCUGAGCUUUCAGAAUAGGGAAGAUUUGGCUGCUAAAACAGGUGCAGCCGCUGUUGCAUUUUUUUUCAUUUAUCAACUAACUUUUGGAGCUUCAGUGAAUUGUUUGCCUUGGGUCUUGAUUCCUGAGCUUGUUCCCUUGCAAGCAAGAGCUAGGGGUACUGCAAUUGGUGUUUCAGCUAAUUGGUUAUGGAACUUUGUGAUCGUGGAAAUCACACCGGUUAUUAUUGCUGAUAUCAAAUGGAAAUCAUACUUGAUCUUCACAUUCACAAACUUUGCAUUUGCAAUUAUGUAUUUCUUAUUCUAUCCAGAAAUCAAACAAUUGUCUUUGGAGUCAAUUGACAGACUCUUUGCUGAAAAAGGUCAAAUUUUUAUGGGAUUUGUUGACACUAGAGAUUUUAGAGUUACUACAAAUUAUGAUCUAGAAAGUACUGUUGAGUCGGCCCAGCUUCCAACAAUGUCAAAACAAGAAGUUGAAUAUAUCGAAAAGGCUGAGAUUUCCAGCAUUGUUGAUAACAAUGAUUCUACUGGAACUGAAAAAUAA